AUGCUCGAACCCGAACGUAUUCACGACUUCCUAACGUGGGAAGGCGAGGGUGAUAUUACCAAGCUUCUCCAGGGAGAUGCAGGGAAUUUACUUCACGGAUACUCUCACAUAGCACAUGAAGACAUGGAAGGACAUGUAAAGCGGAUUGCCAAAACGGCAUACGAUGUCUGGCACUAUCCGUGCUUCCAAAUGUUCUGGUUCCUUCGUUUUGAACUCUCUCGGUCCUCCGUCUACCACAGCAUCCUCCAGGCCGUCAAGUCAGGCAAAGUUCUGGCAGAUCUGGGCUGUGCCUUUGGACAAGAUCUUCGCUACUUGACCUACCAAGGCGCCCCCUCCGAGAACUUGGUCGGGCUAGACCUACGGCAGGAUUUCAUCAAUCUCGGGUACGAGCUGUUCAACGAUCGAUCAACGUUCAAAGCUCGAUUCCUCACACAAGACUUCUUCGCUGAUACCCCCGCAAUCCUUGAUCUUCUUGGGAAAGUUGACAUCAUCAACGCAGGUUAUUUUCUCCAUUCUUGGGAUUGGGAUGGUCAGCUACAAUGUUCGAAAAGGAUGAUUCAGUUGAUGUCUCCUAGCCCGGGGGCGAUUAUGACCGGUAUUCAAUUUGGAAGCCAUGCCACAGGGCUGUGGUCUACCACCCCAAGCGGUGUAGAGGCUGGACCCAUAUUUUUGCAUGAUAAUGAUACAUUGAAAACAUUGUGGGACCAAGCAGCCCAGGAAACGCAGACUUCAUGGGAUGUUCAAAUCACCGUCGAGGAGGACCCAGAAUGUACUUCAUUCGAUCCCCAAGGUUGCCAUUUGCGCUGGGUCGUGACGAGGAAAUAG